AGCAACGGGAUUUUACAGAUGGCAACCUUUCAGACUUGCUCUGUUUUAUUCACUAUCUGCUUAGUGAUAAGUAGAACCAUGGAUCACGGAUCCAUGGUUUUGGGCUGCGCUCCAUGCAAUACAGGCUGGAUAGAGUUUGGGAAUCGCUGCCAUCUCUUCGUCAAGAAGCAGAAAUCUUUCCAGGAUGCUGAGGCGUACUGCCAGGGCCUGUCCCGCCCUGGGAGGCCGGCUCAUCUCAUGUCGAUCAACAGCGAGGAGGAGAACAACUUCCUCAUGAAGUACACCAGUGUUAUUGGUCAACGUCGGCUGUGGAUCGGCUACUUCAAAAGCGCCACUCCAAAAUGGUUGGAUGGAAGCCAGGACAGCUACGUCAACUGGUUUCCGGGAGAAUCAAACGUUGCGUCAUCAACCCCUUGCGUCAACAUGGCUCCCAGUGGUAGAUGGAGGGACGUUCAAUCAUGCGACACAAUAUUCCCGUUCGUCUGUGAGAUGCCGUACAGAUUUACCUCAAAGUGACCACGCACAAUAACACAUUGUUUACAUCACUUGGAUGGAAUGGUUUCAUAGCUCUAAUUAUUUUGCAUUCGAAUCGUUGAGACACUCAUAAAUGAAUCGGAUUUUGUGUGACACUCUGUCGGUGACGGCAGCAAACCUCGUGGACUGAGUUUUCCUGCGAAGCCACUUAAAUCUACAAAUUUAUAAGGCAUCGGCUGUGGCUGUUAAGCGUUGGUCAAGCCAAGGGUCACUGUGCGCGGGAACAAAACUGGCGCCCAUACAUUCCCACUCACAGUGCACAUACCUAUUUACUCUCGGUUCACUCGUUAAUGUCUAUUAUUUGUUAAAAUGAAAUGACUCUUAAAAGUUAACAUUCAAACAAUAUCUUGUCUAAACAAACUGAUUACGCAAUGUUAAAUAGGCCAUAUUAUGGGUGAAUGAGGGCGCUAUAA